AUGCACCUACCACCGCUGCUGCGAUGCGUGAUUUACGUCUCGUGUGCAAGGCUUUGCUGGGGCGAAGAAAGACGCUCCAAGAGUGGGGGAAGACAAAGACUAAAGGUGCACAGCCCAGAUGAAAUUUUAGAGCUUUCUGCUGAUGGCGCUGUGGUGGAUGCCAGGUUUCCGGAUAUUGACCGGCCAGUCAUGCGUCGAGAGCAUCGCGAAGCACAUCAGGCAGUGCAGGCAGAUGCUUCUCUCGCGACGGUGGACAAUGAGAAAGCCAGCGAGGAAAUGGAGGACCUUGUGGAGGCACAGAAGGUGGCGCACUCCAGAGCAAAGCAGUCAGUCGGAUUUGCCGAGGAUAUGCUGGAGGAGCUGUUGCACACUGUAGAGCACACGGCACGGCAGGGGGCACCCAACAUUGUGAAGAAUUCAGACUUUGAGGAAAGCUCGAGUUGGAACAAGGAUUGCCCAAAUGCCAACUAUCGUGGGCAUGCAGAUGUCACAGGAUCAUCCUGCAGCACUCGCGGCUUCUGGAGCGGAGCUGCUCACGGCGGCACCAACACCAGUGGAAAUGUUUGGAGCAUCAAGUCCUUGACGGAUUGCUUCAAGAACACCAGGGGUGCGGUGUACCAGGACAUCACAACAACAGCUGGAACUACGUACGAACUGGACUUCUAUUCUAUCGAUGCCUUUCUAGACAAGAAGUCCUCGAAUGAGAGCAGCCGGCUGCAUGUGGAGGUCCAGUCACCAGCCGGCACCUCUGUUCUUGAUGAAGCCACCAUCCUCUCUGGAUCGGCCUACCAGCCGGCAGAAGGCACAUGGAGUUUGGCUGGACCCUUCAAGUUCAAAGCUGCAAGCGAGAACACGCGGAUCUACUUCUACGCCGGUGGUACUGCAUGCCCCAUGAUUGACAACGUUGGAGUCAGGGCGACAGAGGCGGCUUCAGAAACAACCCAGGCCGUCCAGACCACACAGGCUCAGGCUGAAACCACUUCGGAAGCGGCUACGACAAUGGCCACAACCACUACUGCCAAGCCUACGACACAAGCCACAACAGCGACAACAGCAGCGCCCACCACGACCACCACCACUGCUUCGUCUACAACAGCUGCAGCCCCGGCUCCUGCCCAGCCCGCUCCAGCCCCAACUCCUUCGCCAGCGUCGCCCGCUUCAACUCCGGCGCCUCCGACCUGGAGCGAGGACGACGAUGCGUUGCUGGCGGGGGCCACGGCUGCGGCGUCUGCGCGGGCGCAGGGGCUGCAAGUGGCCGAACAGGCUUUGGCCGCAGGGCACGCGGCGCAUGCCUCGGCCAAGGCGGAAGGCGAGUCGGUGGAGAAGCAGACCAUGGUGGCGGCUAAGGCGGCUGCCCAGGCUGUAGUCGCUGUUGGGGGCACGCCAUCCACGCAGUGCGCGGAAGCUGGGCGUGCUGCCUUCUACGUGACCAAAACUGCAGGCAUGGCGCAGGGGCAGACGGCCGCUGCGGCAGGGGACGCGGCAGUGGAAGCGGUGAAGGGUCAAGGCCUGGGCUCGAGUCAGCUGGUGGAAUGCGUGGCAGUUGCAGUCAAGACGGCGUGCAAGGAAGCAGGCCUAAGUGCAGACCUGCAGUCCGAAUGUGCUGGAGCAGCCGCCAUUUCAGCGGCACAGAAAGCGGGAAUGUCAGAAGAGGAUCAAGCAGACGCGGCCGGUAGGGCAGUUGAAGCUGUGUUGUCCAUGACCAAUGCGACGACAAUGGAUGCCUGGCAACAAGCAGCAGCGCCUGCACCGGCAACCACCACCAACCCUAUCAGCCCUCAAAUCCAGGAGCUGUUGAAGGAGGUGCAGGAGGCGAAGAAGGCCGCGCAAGAGGCCGCGCUGGCGGCCAGCAAGGCCCAACUGGAGGCCUUGAAGGCCCAGGCCACGGCGAAGACGACCACGGAGAAGGUCACCACCACGGUGCCUGCGGGCGCGGACUUCGAGACCGAGGUGUACGUCACGGAGAAGCCACAAACCACGGUGGAGCCCGCGCAUCCCUUCGGCACCACCACACAGAUGCGCACCCGUCCGGCUUGUCCGGACAGCACCAGGGCCCCCAGGGGCACCUGGGUGGUCUACAACCUCAGCGCAACCCCGAUUCUGCACUCCUGCCUGGUGAAGCCCUUGAAAGGGCGGGUGCCGGACGCGUGCUGCCAAGCCCCUGGUGCCAUCAAUGCGGUGGGCGCCACCUUCGAGGAGCUCUACUACACCAAUGAUUACGGCUCCUGCGUGACCUUGACCUAUGCAGGGCCACUGGCAGGUGAAAAGGUGAAGCUUCAGUGCAAUUCUGACAACACCAUUACCUACGGCGAAGAGCGGUGUGGAGAGGACUGCAGCUGCAGCUUCCAGGAUGUUUAUGCACCAGGUUGCUAUCGGUCCAACGAUGCCCUGCCUGGCACAGCCUGGUUCUUCUUGACAGCUGGCUGCGACUGCGUGGAGCAGAAGGCAGUGCAGCCCCACCAGUUUAACCUGCCGCCCCUGGAUCAGAACGUUGGGGCGGCCGAUAUCCUCAACGUGGGGCCGGAAGAGGCAGCGAGAGCGCUGAACCGCCAGCGCCAGCAACUGCGGGCAUAUGCGGAUGAAAUGAUGAAGGAAGAGCGAGUGAUGACGGAUGUGGUCAACAGACUAUCCAGUGGCAAGCCGAUUGCCGAUGCCAUCUUUGGCAUGGACACGGGCGAGAUCCCGGAGAAGGUGACCAAGCGGAUGCUGGCGGCCGCCACGCAGGAUGCUGCGUCUGCCAAGUAUGCCAUCAACGCUACUGUCUCCAUCAUGGGCCAUGCCCUGUCCACGCUAAAGUCAGGCAAGCCGCUGGCAGAUGCAGUCUUUGGGGGCGACACCAGCCAUCUCGUUCAGCCGCAUUUGCCGCCUCGCAUGGAGGUGCCUCCCGACGCCAGGCAGCUUGGCGCUGCCGAAGAGCCGCUUCCGAGGCCGAUUCCCGGACCUGAAGGGCAAGGAUGA